AAAAAAAGUAAAAAACAAACAGUGGAGAAGAAGAGACCAUCUUUACAACUCCUAUGUCCUGUCCUCCACUAUGUGACCAAAAUUAUUUAAAUUAAAAUUAAAAUUAAAUGAAAAAAAACAAGGAAAACCCUAGUUUUCUCCGCUUUCUCUCAAGCUUCGAGACUUUGUUGAGAAUCUAAGCUCGAAAUUUUAUCUUUUUUUCUUCUUGAGGGAAUCGAAUCAUGUACAAGGAACGGAGUGGAGGAGUUAAUGGGUCGUCGAGAUCGGAGAUCCUCGGUGGAGCAAUUGAUCGGAAACGAAUCAACGAUGCUCUCAACAAGAAACUCGAGAAAUCUUCACCCUCCACAUCUAGGCUUUUCGCUUCUAAAGACAAAGAACCCUUUUCAUUCACAUCUAAUUCCACUGCUAAAUCUCAGCUUCCCCAUGUGGAAUCGGAAACAGACAGUGAAGGGUCGGAUGUGAGUGGAUCGGAUGGUGAUGAUACAUCGUGGAUCUCGUGGUUUUGUAAUUUGAGAGGGAAUGAUUUCUUCUGUGAAGUCGAUGAAGAUUAUAUACAAGAUGAUUUCAAUCUUUGUGGAUUAAGUGGUCAAGUUCCUUACUACGAUUAUGCACUUGAUCUCAUUUUAGAUGUUGAGUCUUCAAACAGUGAAAUGUUUACUGAAGAACAGAAUGAAAUGGUGGAAUCAGCUGCUGAAAUGCUAUAUGGUCUGAUUCAUGUUCGUUACAUUUUGACUACUAAAGGAUUGGCUGCAAUGACGGAGAAGUACAAGAACUGUGAUUUCGGGAGAUGCCCGAGAGUGUUCUGUUGCGGGCAGUCUUGUCUACCAGUUGGACAAUCCGACAUCCCGAGAUCGAGUACCGUUAAGAUAUACUGCCCAAAAUGCGAAGAUCUGUCUUACCCGCGAUCUAAAUUCCAAGGCAAUAUUGAUGGAGCUUACUUCGGAACCACAUUCCCUCACCUGUUCUUGAUGACUUACGGGAACCUAAAGCCGCAGAAACCAACUCAGAGCUAUGUCCCAAGAAUCUUUGGCUUUAAGGUACACAAACCAUGAUGAUACUAGUGCUCUGCAUUCUCAAUGGGUGAUACAUCUACAAGUUGGCUCGGUUUUUGCAUCCGGGUGAGCAGUUUGAAUGGAGCAUAGAGUCAAUCAUUGGGUAAAGGAUGUGAGCUAAAGUGAAGUUGGACGUUAAACUCUUGAAAGAAACUUAUCGCAACAGCCUGGCUCGUUGAGUGGAAGAAGACAGAGACAAUCUCGACUCCGAAAUAUUUUCCCUCUGUUUGUUGGAUUUUUGGUUUUACUGUUGUUUGUUUAGAAAUUGCUGAGUUUUAAAUUAUUCUCAGCCUUUAUUUUUUCUUCAAUUCGAUGUACAACUCAACAAAUUGUUCAACCGAAGGAUUAACCUAAUUGCGAGCAGAUUCGUUAUUAUUUAUCCGUAAAACGAGUACA